CCGAGUCCACAGCGACGCCCAAGACUCUGCUCAAGCCAAAGCCCAAGCGUAUGCGCAAGAAUCCAUCUGCCCCUGCUUCUUCUCUUCAAAAGAAGCAGCGAACUGAAUGAUAUCAUCAACCAUAAUGGUCUAUUACCACUAGUUUUUAAACACCAUCGGGAAGGAUGUCGAUUUGCAAAAUAUUUGUAGCCUCACUCUUAUCUUCUAGUGUAUAACGCUUUGAUGGAAAUCAGUACACGCAUAAAAACAAACAAGUUUGUUGUUCUUGUCAAGUGAAACAAAAAAACAUCUUUUUUCCGCACCAAUUCAAACUAUUUUUUACAUUACUCUUUCACAUCAUUCUCAUUUGCUUUAAAUUCCAACUCUUUCUUUUUAAUUUUUAAUUUUCAAUUUUAAAUAUUUAAUUUCACAUUUUUCUUCUAAAUUCACAUGGAGAAGGCUGUUUUCAAGGCCACCCGCAAAGAUGCUGUGCAUCCCAAACAAAAGCACGUCGACACUCUCAUUCAGAUGACCCUCUCCGGGGCCUCCAUGGAAGAGCUCCUAAUGCUCAUUCAGGAUCGUUUUUCAGAAGCCAAUUGGGUGAUAUCGUUCAAGGCGCUGAUUCUGGUCCACGUUUUGAUGCAUGAGGGCAACGGGCCGAUGCUCUACGACUACCUCAUCCACCGGCCAAACGCCCUCGACAUGACGCGGUUCCGCGACCGUAACGGCACCAAGGGCGUGUCUGAAUUCGAGCAGAGCAAAAACGUCCGCACGUACGCGUCAUACCUCAACGACAAAGUGCUAGCGUACAAGGCGAUCCGCAUCGACCACGUAACGCAAAAAAGCCCCGCCGGAUCCCAGAUCUACCUUAAGCAACCAACGGACAUCAAGUUCAUGCUUCUGGAAGUAUCCACGGUGCAAAAGCAGCUUCAUUCGGUGUUGAAGAACCGAUUUGAUUCCGACACGUUGGAUAACGAGACAACAUUUUCUGCAUUUCGGUAUUGCCUGCGUGAUAUGUUGAAGCUUUUCCAGGUGAUGAAUUUGGGCGUAAUGAAGAUGCUCAAGGUUUAUUUUGAGAUGCGGUUGGAGGAUAUGCGGCGGGCGUUGGAUUUGUAUAAGCGGUUUGUGAAGCUGACUGAUCGGACGGAUGAGUAUUUGAAGAUUGCGAGGCAGUUUGAGGCUAUUUUUGGCUUUUCUAUUCCCAACCUUACCCAUGCGCCCUUGUCUCUGUCAAAGGCCUUGGAGGACUUUUUGGAGAUGCCGGAGGAGGAGCGCGCGAGCACUGUGCGGGAUAUGCGGGCUGCUGCGAAAAACAAGCCCCAGCAGCAACAGCAGCAGGAUGUGGCCACUUCUGCUUCUGGUCUUGGGGCGGGGAAGAGGCCGGUGGAGGUGGCCUUGGGAACGACCAAGGCUAAGCCGGAUUAUGGCUUGAAACUCAAGCCGGAGCUUGUGUCUGGCAGCAAUGGCAGUGGUUCCCAAGCGAAGGGCAUGAAAAGCCCGGUUUUGCAGUCUGGCAGCAACAAUACUGCAGCUGCCCGGUCGCCUGGGCCAGCACGGCCCACUGCUGCUGCUAGUUCGACUGCUGUGGCAGCAGCGGCAAAGCCCGUGGAGAUUGACUUUAUUGACUUUUUCUCGAGUAUUGAUGAUGAGACUGUGACUACGCAAGUACCGCAACAGCAACAGCAACAGUUUCAACCGUUCCAACAGCAGCAGCAGGAGCAGCAGCAGCCUCAGCAGCAGUUUCAACCGUUCCAGCAGCAGCAGCUUGAGCAGCAACCGGGUGCCGAUUUCGAUACCAUGUUUAAUGCUCUUAGUAAUCCGUUUGCUGCCCCUUCUGCGGGUAAUGCAGCUUUUGGCUCAUCUGUGGCUUUUGGAUCGCUCGGUCAGCAACCUAUUCAGCAGAGGGACCUGUCCAGCACUCCAUUUGGUGUAUAUCAGUCCACGUCAUCUAUUGGCUUUUCGUCUUCGAAUGUGGCUGUUAAUCAGUUUUCGGGAUUAUCUGCGGGACAUCAGGAUAGCGGCUAUUCUGGCAACAAUGUAGUGCCAGCAGUGCCGGCGGCUGGUGUGUCUGUUAAUAAUCCAUUCAGACAGUCGAUGUACCCCACUCAGCAGCAGCAACAGCAACCACAAUCGCAACAGCAAGAUUUUGGCUUGGUUAAUCGGAUGGCGCAGAUGGAUAUCCAGCAGUCGUAUAAUCCGUUUACGCAGCGGCAGACUAUGUAUUUGGACUCUACGGGAACGACCCCUUUUGGUCAGCAGCAGCAGUUGCAAAUGCAUCAGCCGCAGCCGCAGCCCCAGACGCAGCCCCAGACGCAGCCCCAGCCCCAGACGCAGCCCCAGCAGCAAUUGCAGCAGACACAGUUGCAGCAGCUUCAGCAGUUUGGCAGCGGAGGUGGUGGUGGUAUUGCGAACAUAACUUCGCCGUUUGCGGGUGUGAAUGCAAAUAGUAUUCAGACCGGAAAUAAUGCGGGUCAGUUUUUGGCAUCGCCAUUUGGAACUAGCCAGCCCCAGCAACAACAAUUGCAGCAGCAUCAGCAGACCAGUGUGCACGCUCUGCAGAACACUCUCAAUAAUGGCAACUUUGCCGACUUUAAUUUCUUCCAGUGAUCUCCAACUAGACAAUAAUACUGUUUUUUAAUUUUUAAUUUUUAAUUUGUUUGUAAACUACACAAUCAAACUCCCAUUGUUGUGCGCG